CCCCCACCCCACUCCAAGUUCUGGUAGCCUUUUCUGUUCUUUUGGAAGUUCAUUUUAUUAUUAUUCUGGCCAUCGCAUGAUUUGAACGCAAGAGGGGAAAAAAGGCAGGAUGUCUCGCAGGGCUCGCUGUGAAGAGCAAGAUCAACUGCAUUACCAAGAUUCAGACGCAUCUGAACGGCGGGAUAACAGAUGCAAAGUCAAGUGGUCACGUGAAGAGGAUGAGCUCUUGAAUUCACUGGUGGCACAGUUUGGACAUGACUGGAAGUUCCUAGCAAGCCAGUUUCCUAACCGCACUGAGCAGCAAUGUCAAUAUCGCUGGCUUCGGGUGCUAAACCCUGUCCUGGUUAAAGGUCCUUGGACAAAACAAGAAGAUCAGAAGGUCACUGAAUUAGUGAAGAAGUAUGGCACAAAGCAAUGGACGCUCAUAGCCAAGCACUUGAAAGGCCGGCUGGGCAAGCAGUGUAGAGAACGCUGGCAUAACCACCUGAACCCGGAGGUGAAGAAGUCAUCAUGGACAGAGGAAGAAGACCGUAUCAUUUGUGAGGCUCACAAGGUUCUGGGGAACCGCUGGGCUGAAAUUGCGAAGUUGCUGCCUGGGAGGACUGACAAUGCUGUGAAAAACCACUGGAAUUCCACAAUCAAAAGGAAGGUGGAGACAGGAGGCUUUCUUAGCGAAGCAAAAGACGCUAAGCCCCUCUAUCUCCUGGUGGAGGUGGAAGGAAAGGAAAGCCAAAUUGCACAAGAAAUCGAAAGCCAGCAAACCUUGUUGACAGACUGGCCCGUUCAGGCCUUGGAAAUAAAGCAGGAGGUAGCCAUGGAUGAAGAAGCUGUUGGCCUGCCAAAUCUGCUUCCUGAGCAACUCCCAGAAAGCCUGGCGGACGACAGUAUCGCGGGAGCAUCAGAAAACACAGCGCCUGACAGUGACCCGAAGGAAAGCUCAUCUCAGUACACAUGGGUGGUCGAAGCAGGCAGUUAUUUGUGCACCUCUACAGCCCCAGCUAUUACAGAAGCUCUGGACAUGAUUGAAUCUGACCCAGAUGGUUGGUGUGAUCUGUUUCAAUUUGACCUCCCUGACUACCUGUCUACAAGUAACAGCAGCAGCCCAGAAAGGCAAACAUCCCUCAAGCCCUGCUCCACCUCGCAAAACGUGACAGAGUACCGUUUGGAUGGCCACACCAUUUCGGACCUGAGCAAAGGCAGCAAGGGCGAGCUCAUCCCCAUCUCCCCUCGCACGGACAUGAGCUUUGGUACGCCGCCUUCUGUGCUUAAGCGGCAGAAGAAGAGGAAAGUAGCACUCUCGCCUGUUCCAGAAGGGUGGACCAGUGGCAACCUCUCUUUCCAGGACUCCUGCAACAGCAUGACUCCUAAGAGCACCCCUGUCAAGACGCUGCCAUUCUCCCCCUCCCAGUUCCUGAAUUUUUGGACCAAGCAAGACACUCUUGACCUUGAGAAUCCAUCUUUAACUUCCACUCCUGUGUGCAGCCAGAAAGUGAUAGUGACUACCCCACUACACAGAGACAAGACACCGUUGCUUCAGAAAAACUCGGUAUUUGUGACACCUGAUCAGAAGUACAUCACGGACAAUACACCUCAUACACCCACACCUUUCAAGAAUGCUCUGGAGAAGUACGGACCAAUUAGGCCUUUGCCUCAAACGCCUAACCUGGAAGAGGAUUUGAAAGAAGUACUACGGAGCGAGGCUGGUAUUGAGCUGAUCAUAGAAGAUGAUGUGAAGCCAGAGAGACAGAAGAGGAAACAGGGUAUGCACAGGAGUCCCAUUAAGAAGGUCAGGAAAUCUCUAGCCCUUGACAUUGUGGAUGAAGACUUGAAGCUGACAGUUUCCACUACGGCCAAACCUGUUUGCUUCAAAAGAUCUCAGUCUGUGAACUUCCUUCCGCAGUCCCUAAACCUCUCUCUGUCAAGCAGCAAGAAUGACAGCAGCUUGCUCAACAGGGGGUUUGUGCAUGUGAAGGCAGAGAAGGCCCCGUCUUCCAAGAGAAUCCAAAGCAAAUUCAGACCACCUCCUCUGAUGUCCAGUGCUUGGAAAACAGUGGCUUGUGGUGGUUCUAAAGACCAGCUGAUCAUGCAAGACAAAGCUCGACAGGUCUUGGGCGUGUUGAAACAGAACCACACAUCACGGACAUUAAUCUUAUCUUGAAGAACUCUUGUAAACUCUUGUAGCCAUGGGUGGAGGGAGGGAGAGGAAGAGAACCGAACCUGGGAUGCCACUCUUCUAUUCUCAUACCAGCUCCUUCUUUGUGACUCCUGAGCUCUACCAUAGAUGUCCUUGUUUUGAUUUAUUGCUCUAAAUUCUGGGUUCUAAGCUUGAUAUAGAAAACAAUGUUCAGAAGAGAUUUUUUUUUUUAACUUUGGCAACAGCCCUGCAUUAAUUGAGCGGAGACAUUCUCACUUCCCUUGAGAAGCCUUCUCUACCUCCCUUUUCAUUUUGAUAAAACAGAAUCAGUUGGCUUGCAAAGAGGGACAUAAGAGAAGUGAAUCGAUUCAUGGUGAAGAGAAAGCCCUGGACUUCUGGAUUUGGUUUUGUCUUCUCUGAGAUCCUUCAAGUGUAAUUAUGUUUAAAGUCCCUGCCCGUUC